AUGAUAUCGGCGUCGGAUAUCGCGGGAACGGCCCUGCGCCUUGUUCAACGCGCCGCCGAAGAGGGCGACCCUGAGAGCUCCGAUGGCUCCCAAAAGGAGAUCUUUGCGGCAUGGGCGCUCUUCAUCUCCAUUAUGCUUCUCAUCAUCGCCUUCCUCACGAGUUACUUUCUACAAGAAAGAAAGAUCGAGGCUGUCCACGAAACGGUCAUCUCCAUCUUUGCAGGAAUGACUGUGGGCCUUCUGUUGCUCGUGACCUCGGGCGAUUCGAUUCGAAACCUUAUCAGCUUCAACUACCAAAUCUUCUUCAACCUACUGCUGCCACCGAUCAUUCUUGCUUCGGGUUACGAGCUACAUCAGGCCAAUUUCUUCAGGAAUAUGGGCACCAUCUUGACCUUCGCUUUUGCUGGAACGUUUCUAUCGGCUGUCGUAAUUGGCCUCAUCCUAUGGCUCUACGCCCUGACCGGGGUUGAGUCUAUCAGCAUGUCGUUCGUCGACGCCAUUUCUGUUGGCGCGACUCUAUCGGCUACCGACCCCGUGACCAUUCUGGCCAUCUUCAACUCGUACAAGGUCGAUCCCAAAUUGUAUACCAUCAUUUUCGGCGAGUCAAUCCUCAAUGAUGCCAUUGCUAUCGUUAUCUUCGAGACGGCACAAAAGUAUAAGAAAGGUGAUGCGUCUAAGCUUGGUUUCUUGAGCUUCUUCGAGGGUAUUGGCAUCUUCUUGAUUGUCUUCUUCGGUAGUAUGUUGAUCGGCGUGCUUGUGGGUGUUAUGAUAGCGCUGCUUCUAAAGUUCACUUACAUUCGACGAUACCCUAAGAACGAAAGCUGCCUGGUUGUGUUGGUUGCAUAUGCGACGUAUUUCUUCUCUCAUGCUAUCCACAUGUCUGGCAUUGUGUCUUUGCUGUUCUGCGGCAUAACGCUGAAGCACUACGCCUAUUUCAACAUGUCCCGGCGAACCCAGCUUACAACCAAGUUCAUCUUCCAGAUUCUGGCACAGCUGUCAGAAAAUUUCAUCUUCAUUUAUCUCGGUCUUGCCCUAUUCACCGACAAUGCUUUGCAAUUCCGGCCUCUCCUCAUCAUCAUUACCGUCUGUGCAGUUUGCGCUGCACGGUGGGUGGCGGUGUUCCCCUUGUCCCGACUUAUCAACUGGGUUAUUCGUUACAGGGCCCGCCGGAGAGGCGGAGAUGUGAGCGACGAGCUUCCUUACAACUACCAGGCCAUGAUUUUCUGGGCUGGUCUUCGCGGAGCGGUCGGCGUCGCCCUUGCGGCUUUACUCACGGGCGAAAACUCAUACGCACUGAAGGCUACAGUUUUGGUGGUCGUGGUCCUUACCGUCAUCAUAUUCGGUGGCACGACUGCGCGUAUGCUGGAGAUCCUUGGUAUCCGAACUGGUGUUGUAGACGAAAUUGAUAGCGACGAUGAAUUUGAUAUCGAAACCUUCAGCGGCGGCCAAUAUGCUAAGCGCACUGGCACCGGUAUCGGUUACACUCCUCGGCAGAACGGCAGCCUCUCGCUGGAUAACAUUGGGUCGCGCAAUGCCACUCGACCUCCGGCGGCGGGGGAACGCAGCAGUUACGUUUCCGGCUCACACUCGCCGAACCCAACCAAGAGGCAGGGGAGUCUCAGCCGCAAGAACUCGGAAAUCGAGAGAGCCGAUCUCCUGGGCCGCAGCGGUAAUACAACGGACUCGGACUUAGAAAGCGACAUCGAUACAUCAGAUCUCCCGCCUCCGGCCCGUCGUGAGCCUCGCCGGAGGAGCCCGACCAUUCCUGGCACCUCGCAGUCGGCCAGUUCCGGCGGUCUUCUCGCGCAAACCGAGCCCACAGCCGCCGCUGCCGCCGCGCCCCACCACGUCUCAGCGACGUCCGCCAUUAGACAACUCUUUAGCCACGGUGCCGAGGACGCAGCGGGUCUGUUCAGGCAGCUGGAUGAGGACUAUAUCAAGCCAAAACUGCUGCUUGAUGGGGGGAGCGGCCGGGGGAACGGCCCCGGUCCCGGCCCGGGCCAGGUUUAA